AUGUCCACCAGUCAACCAGGGCCAAAGAGCCCCUCGUCUUCGACUGUUCCGUCUGCUCCAGCAACGCCACUGAGCGGAGCGAGUCGCUCAUCGUCUCGAGGAAGCAGCGUGACCGGAAAAGAUAGCAUCGAUGAACUUGAAGGAAGUUGCUGUCAGAACACACCACAGAUAUCGCCAAAUGUUUCGGAUGUCGAUGAGGGAAUUGAUGAUUCGUACUCAUCUUCGUUUGGAAGUUUCGUCAAAGGAAGCGCUGCUGAAGAAUUGCUCGAAUCCCAAGUUGGAGCACGCUCUAUGACUGAAUCGUCCGAUGUUACUCCUGUACCUAUAGCUAGCACUCCCAGUUCUGAUUCGAGCCGCAGUAUUGUCGAACUUACGUCUUCAACGGGAAACCUUUUGUACCUUGAUGUCGAUUCACGAUUGCCAUUUGAGAAGUUGAAGAGCUGGUUGGGGCAGAAACUCUCUAUAGAACCAACGCAAUUCGUUCUUAUAAAGCACUACAGGGAAGAUGACAAAGGUUACGAAUGCAACAACAAAGAUGAAGAGAAUAUUCGAAGCGCUCUUGAUAAUGUUUUCAAAGUUGGAAUCAAACUGAGGCCUCCAUUGAAGGAUGACGAAAAGCUCAUUCGCAUUGUUCAGUUUGAUUUGGAAGAACCAAAUCGAGAAAAUUGGAGGGUCCUGUUUGAAUGUCCAGCGUCGAAGCAUACGCCCAUUGGAGAUUUAACGUUGCAGUGCAUUCAUCUUUAUGCAGAGAUAUAUGGACAACGACUGACAAUGAACCAGGUUCGAUUACGAGAAAUGCCAUCAUUCAGUCGUCCGAUGAAAACUGUUCUGAAUCCUGCUGAUACUUUGGAUUGCCGUGGAGCUCAAUGGUCAAACAAUAUUUAUUUUCAAAUAAUAUCAGGUGAGCGAGAAAAUUGGAGGGUCCUGUUUGAAUGUCCAGCGUCGAAGCAUACGCCCAUUGGAGAUUUAACGUUGCAGUGCAUUCAUCUUUAUGCAGAGAUAUAUGGACAACGACUGACAAUGAACCAGGUUCGAUUACGAGAAAUGCCAUCAUUCAGUCGUCCGAUGAAAACUGUUCUGAAUCCUGCUGAUACUUUGGAUUGCCGUGGAGCUCAAUGGUCAAACAAUAUUUAUUUUCAAAUAAUAUCAGACGAGCGUUUGAUUGGUCAGCCAGGAGUGCCAUUGCUGGUUCGUAGAUUCAGACCCUCCACCGUUGAAGUGUCCGGUAUCCACGAAGUGCUUGUCGAUUCAAAAGCUACAAAUCAAAUGGAAGCAUUUGCUCAUAGUGUAUCUUCUUUGUCAGGCAUCCCUGUCGACAGGCUUGUCUUUACAGAAAUUGGCAGCUCUUGGGAGAAAUGGCCAUUUACGUUGAGUCGAUUGUCAAUGUUGGACGGAGCCGUCAAGUUUUCGGCCCAACCUUCUUAUGCACCGAACGAUGUUAUUGAGCGUAUUGGUGGCAGAGUUGUCUAUUACAAAGAUGCUGCUGAAACGCCGAAGGAUCUAUCGAUUGAGGAUAGAAAACAAAUCCAAAUCAAGGAGAAUGGGCAAAGUAUGGCAGCAGUCGCCCGCAGAAAGGAGCGACCUCUACGUAUACAAAUGAGUAGUAUUAGCGAACCAUGA